GACGCACCGGAAGCGGCUCCGCUCCCACGGGGGCGGGGAAGGAAGAUGGCGGCCCCCAGCAGCCGGUGAAGAGAGAGGAGGACACGGGGAUCCCGGGGAGCGGCCGGACUCUUGCGUUAUGGCCGCAUCCCCGCACACUCUUUCCUCACGCCUCCUGACAGGUUGGGUAGGAGGAUGUGUCUGGUAUCUAGAAAGAAGAGCUAUGCAGGAAUCCUCUCACACAUUCGUGCAUCUUUUCAGGAAUGUCAAUAAGCAGUGGAUUACAUUUCAGCACUUGUCCUUCCUCAGGCGCAUGUAUGUCACACAACUGAACAGAAGCCUCAACCAGCAAGUAAAACGGAAGCCAGAACCUGUGGCAUCUCCUUUCCUCGAGAAAACAUCUUUGGGUCAAGCCAAAGCAGAAAUCUGUGAAAUGAGACCUCUUCCACCCCCCAGCCUCCCGUUAUCCAGAAAGCCAAAUGAAAAAGAAUUGCUCGAACUGGAAUCAGCAUCCGUAAUUGAAGGCUCGCUAGAUGCAGGGAAAGAGGCGAAGGAUGAAAAGCGCUGGAAAGAGAUGAAGUUGCAGCUGGACGAUUUGCCGGGAAUUUUGGCACGGCUCUCCAAAAUCAAGCUCACAGGAUUAUCAUCUCCUUCUGGUCAUCCUCUAACCGUUAUCUGGACCCCAGAAUCAUCAUCCUCUACAGCUCUGGUCGUCAGCACCACUUCAGCCGGAUUUGCACUGGCCCCAGGACCUUUUGACUGGCCCUGCUUUCUGCUUACUUCUCUGGGCACAGGCCUUGCAUCCUGUGCCGCCAACUCCAUCAAUCAGUUUUUUGAGGUGCCGUUUGAUUCAAAUAUGAAUAGGACAAAGAACAGACCUCUCGUUCGUGGACAAAUCAGCCCGUUGCUGGCUGUGGCCUUCGCCACCUGCUGUGCUGUCCCAGGAGUCGCCCUCCUGACCUGGGGUGUGAACCCGCUCACGGGAGCCCUGGGGGUCUUCAACAUUUUCCUGUAUACCUGCUGCUACACGCCGUUGAAGAGGAUCAGCAUCGCCAACACGUGGGUGGGCGCCGUGGUCGGGGCCGUCCCGCCGGUCAUGGGCUGGACGGCGGCUACCGGCAGCCUCGACGCCGGUCCCAGGACCCCCGAUAAACCGGCAAAUGCAGUUUCUCCUUCCAGCAAGCCCCGUCUCUACCCAGCAACAUGGACAUUUGAAUGGGCGCCCAGCAGUCCGCUGUUACCAGUCGAUGUGGGAGCAUUAUCCUUCUAUUUUUUAUUUUUUAUUUUUUUAUUUUUUUAUUUUUUGGGGGGGGCAACAUCCUCCUAAAAGAAGGUGCUGGUAUAUGUGAAUAUCCCUGGGUGGGCCCGUUAAGGAAUCUUUCCAUCUGUAAGAGGAGAGUGAUGUCACCCACUGGAAGGUGGUUGUGAGCAUGAGUGUACAUAUAAUACCUGCACCCAAGGACUGGCAUGUGACUGCCACAAGGCAUUUAACUGGGAUGUCUUGCAGGCACCUCAAACUCAAAAUAGCUCCAAAUAGAGCUCUUUGUGCCUCCACCGUGAACACACUCACCUGUGUGUGUCCCCCGUGUUCCCCACCUGAGUACGAGGAUCGGUGCCUGCCACCCCCAUGACACCUGAUCCAGCCUAUAGAUGCCCGCGUGGCCCAGUGGUGAGCUUUCCACUUAGUUGGGGCAUGGUGCCAGCCUUUGAGAAGGUCUUCCCUGAGCCGUGAGCCUCCAGCCACCCCAUCGUGUGGCCCUGUUCUGACUGUAAACAGCACUCAUUACUGUCACAAGUGCUCCUGUCUGUCUCUCCCUCCAGACCUGCAGCAGGGCCCGGUCUUGCUCCCCACCGCCCGUUAGCAUCUGGAAUGGCACCUGGCACAUGGCAGACACCCUCCAUCUAUUCACCAAGGGAAUGGAGUCCACGAACAGUGGCUGCUUCCAUUAUUACCACGAAAAUUGGAGUUAUGUUUACAUGAACUAAAAUAUAUACGUAUCAGGUUAUUUAUAGACUGGGUUAAAAUGGAUUGGAGGGAUUUGCCAGAAACCCUACCGGAACAGGGAUGCACGCAUCGAGUCUUGGUUAUUUUGUAAUCUUGGAAGGCUGUAAAGGAAUCGACAGACUUAUGGAACCCACAAGACCCCAUCAAUGGAUCGGAAACCUGACCCAGUCCUCCGAGUCUGAGCCCGCACGAGUUCUCCUUGUUAUGCCACAACCAUCUGAUGCAAUGAAUUCAGAAAUGGGCGCGUGUCUGCCCCGAACAAUAUGGGUAAAAGUCUCCACUCUAUCUGGGAGGGGACGAGAAAGCCUUCCCCCAUUGUAGCUGCACAGGCCGUGCUGUAGAGGAAUACAGAUCAGAGAUUAAAAGAGAGGCUCGGUCCCUCUGAUCCUCCUCGGCGUGGGCACCACAGGGCCCCUGCAGGACCUUGGAAGCCCCAGCUUGGUUUUCUGCACGAUUCUGAAUUAUUUAAACUGCCUUCUCGCCUGCUGAGUUCUGUUUUCGCAGUAGUGCACCCCCCCCCCCACCCUUCUCUGAACAUUCCCACAGACAAGGGGCUUAAAAGAUGCUCAUUACCUGCAAUAGGACCGUGGUUACAGAUUUUCAACCUCUGUGCCGGCCGGUGCUGGCCAGGGUAGAUGACACAGUGGGUUAGUGAGCCCUCAGGUCCCUGACCCAGGAGGCACUUGGGUGUCAGGAGCAAGGCAUAGAGGCAGAGCAUCCCAGAAGAGGGAGGAAGGGGGAGGGGAGGCAGAAUCCUAGUAGUUGGCCCUGUCGGUUCACAAAUCAGUACUGGAAAACAGCAACCUCGGGUGGCUUUUAGUAAAGCCUUUCUUUGUACACGUGGGUUCCCGCCGAUGCGUGUGAGGGACCCUCUACUGUGGUGGCAUCGAGCACUUUCUAUAUUCUACUCCAGAGAUGCAGAGGAAAAUGAAUGUUCCCUUCAGGAAUUUGCAUUCAAGCAGAAAACACAGGAGCACGUAAUGAUGGGACACCGGGGUUUACCCAGUGGUAGACGCAGGUCUGAGUAGCUUCCAGACACACAUCCUGGCUCAGACCCCUCUUCACGAUUCCCUGGUUGCCAUCUGGAUGUCCCAAAGGCGUGUCAGGCUGAACACACUCAAGGUCACACUCAUGCGCUGUCCUCCCUGUCUCCCCUAUUUGUCAUCUCAAGGAAUGGUAUCUCCACGGGGCCCGUCUUGAUACCUCCCUCUCCCUCCCCUCCUUAUUUCACACUCACUCCCUGUCAUGUGGCCUCCAGAAGGCCUCUCAGGUCCGUCCUCUUUCCACCCCACUGUCAUCACCUUGAUCCCAGCCCUUGUCGCCUCUCAUCUCAGCCUCUGGUCAGGCCUCCCCUACCUGCUCGGGGUCCCUCCAGUGUAUUCUUUCACAGAUUGGUCAAGUGACACCACUGCCCUUUCUUCACGCCCCACCCCCCAACACGCACGUGUGUCCAUGUGCACACAUUCACACAGCCUUAAACACGUCACCAUCUCUCCAUGGCUCCCUGUUGUAUUUAGGAUCAAACCAGGACUUACUUAGCACAGUCUGCAGACUUGGGGACCCCACCCACCCCUCCAGCCACACUCGAUUCCUUUUUUGAUUUUGAUACAUUUUUUUAAAAUUAUGAUUCAGCCAGCUGACCUUUUUUUCUUUCGAUUGACAGUUCUAUGAAUCCUAACACAUGUUCUCAUCUCCUUUUAAUACCCUGACUACACUGUGCAUCUUCCUGCCCCUUCAUGACGACCUCUCCCUCUGCCAGCCCCCAGGAGACCAGGUCACUCAUCCCGCAGAGCUCAGCUCCGACGUCCCUUCCUCAGAGACGGCUCCUCUGCCCGCCUCAACUGGGUCUUGUUCUGUGUCCUCAUGGCACGAACUCUUCCUGCACAGCUGCUGAGUGGUGAUGUAGAUUCGCUAGUGUGGCUCUUGAUCUAAUGCCCCGGUGGUGAACCCCCACCCCCACCCCAGGAGGGGCACGUGUGGAUUUGUGCUCGCCAUCCUACCCCCAGUGCCCGGUACAGUGCUUGCCACUUAGUAGUAGGUGCUCAGCAAACACUUCCAUGCAUGAGUAAAUGGGCAGGGAGGUGCUCAGCAAACACUCCGUGCAUGAGUAAAUGGGCAAGGCGUCGCCUGCAUGGGAAUGAGCAGCCCUGCAGUCAGGACUUGGGGGUGGUGGCUUAAUGUGGUAGGGGAGCUGGUCUCCACAUCAGAGAGGCUUGUUCUGAAUCCCUCCUUUACCUCUUUUUGUAGAAUUUAACAUCCUCUGAGCUGUGUUGGCUCACUUAAUGAGCAUAAAACCCAACAGCCUGUGGGCAGGAUUAAAUGAGCUAAACUGCAUGAAAGUCUCUGUCUUAGUAGGUGCUCCAGAGUGGCAGCCUGCAUCCCGCCCUCGUGGGUGAGGGGAGGCCCUGCGCCAGAGGGGCUAAAUGCUGCUCGAGAUCCUAAUACGUCCUCCUCGAAAACCUGCAAGGCCACAGACAAGUUCUCGUUCUGCUCAGGGACCAUGUCCCCUUAUGCCGCUCCAUUUACUGAACACAUGCUGUUUUGGUACCUCCUGCUUGCCCUGUGGUGCAGGCUCUGUGGAAUGUGCUGGACCCCUGCCCUGGAAGCGCUGGGAGUCCACCGCGAACCAGGAUGCUGAGCGUGGGCCCCGAGCUACCUUCAGUACGGCCUUGGGAGCAGGGAGCUGCCCGCCACCCUGGGGAAGGACCUUGUCCAGGAGGCCAGGCCGGCUUGGGACGUGGCCCUGCGCCUCCCCCCAAGCGCCUCGCUCGCAAGGGGAGCCGAAGCCCUCCCACGGAGGUCCCCCCGGCCGGUGCAGGGGCUUCUGGAGUUGUCACCAUGCGGUGCGCACCGCGUGGACGGGAGCCCCAGGUGCUCAGUGUCCUGGGGAGGGGGGAGGUGGUGAGGAAGCCGGCGGGUCCUGGAGGCUCGUCUCCGGUGCCAGGCUGACCCGGACAAGCAGAGGCGAGAACAGAGACUGGCAGGGGAUCUGGGAGCCGCGGGAGAUGCGGAGGGAGCACCGCGGGGCCGGAAAGGAUGCUUCUGUGCCUCUCUGACCACCGCCUCUCUCUGCUCUCCCCCUUUUCCGCCCGCAACCCGC